AUCCGUGACGGCAGACAGAGGCACAGAUGGACAGACAGACAGAUGGAAACGGGUGACCUAUUUCUUCGAGCGUCAUCUUGCAGGACCUCGCCAGCUAUGAACGGUUCAGACUUUUUAAUUCUGCCUGGCUGGGAACUAAUAAACUUAACUUUGCCGGAAGUUAACUGGACGAACACUUCAGACCCUGAGCGAGACGCUUGGGAACAAUGGAGUUCCCUGAUGCAAGAUCGUGCAGUUGUUGUUUCCCUCCUUCUCCUCUUUUCAAUGACCACGGUCUUCGGCAACAUGCUCGUAAUCCUCGCGGUAGUUCGUGAACGUUAUCUUCAUACCGCAACAAAUUACUUCAUAACAUCAUUAGCAGUUGCAGACUGUUUAGUGGGUUUAGUGGUGAUGCCUUUCAGUGCACUUUAUGAAGUUCUUGAACACACGUGGUUUUUCGGGACUGACUGGUGCGACAUCUGGCGUUCGCUCGACGUUCUUUUCAGCACAGCGUCCAUCCUGAACUUAUGUGUUAUUUCUCUGGACCGUUACUGGGCUAUAACGGAUCCUAUAACAUAUCCCAUGAAAAUGACCAGAAUACGCGCUGCGCUUUUAAUAGCGGCAGUUUGGAUCUGUUCAAGUGCUAUUUCUUUCCCGGCUAUAGUUUGGUGGAGAGCCGUACGGACAGAGCCCAUACCUGCCUACAAAUGCCCAUUUACUGAACAUUUAGGUUACCUCAUUUUCUCAUCAACUAUCUCUUUCUACCUACCACUCUUCGUCAUGGUGUUCACUUACUACAGGAUCUACAGGGCAGCUGUGGCUCAGACGCGAUCGCUACGUUUGGGUACUAAACAAGUACUGCUGGGAUCAGGAGAAUUAGAACUAACCCUACGGAUACACCGUGGAGGUACAUGUAAAAUUCCGAAUCCAGAAACCAGACAUUUGUACUCGACUCAAGAAGAUGAACCUUUGACGGCGCUUCAGAACAACGGUUUGUCAAGAAUGGCUUCCACAAGAUUGGGGCCUCACAGCAAGAAUUUUUCAUUGAGCCGAAAAUUGGCAAAAUUUGCUAAAGAGAAAAAAGCAGCGAAAACAUUAGGGAUAGUGAUGGGAGUGUUUAUCGUGUGUUGGUUGCCGUUUUUCGUAGUGAACUUGCUUUCUGGAUUUUGUCUACAGUGCAUUUGGCACGAAGAGAUUGUUCUGGCUGUGGUAACGUGGUUGGGAUGGAUCAAUUCCAGUAUGAAUCCUGUUAUAUAUGCCUGUUGGAGUAGAGACUUUAGAAGGGCCUUUUUAAGGAUUCUGUGUGUCUGCUGUCCCAGACAAGUAAGACGUCGAUAUCAACCAGCUUUCCGAAGCAAACCGAGUCAGCAAUAUUUUAACUCCCACGUGGUCGAAAGCGCUCCGAGUGGUGUUACUUACUCUUCAGUAGGUCAACAUGAACUGUAUCCGUUGUGACGUCACGUCCGUACCAGACAUCCGACACCUGCUUUAUCGACUGGAAAGCCCGGAUCGCCCACCCACAGAGUGAUCCAUUCUUGCUCACCUUCCCCUAGCACACUCAGAAUGGCAUAAACUAUGAAACUGUGUGGAGUCGAAUCAAGCAUAACAAUCAUUAAAAUAAAUGGAAUUAUUAAGAAUACUGACUAUUGGGUGUUUAUAUUUUAUUUAAGUGAAUGUUAUAGUUUCAGAAUUGUGAAUUCUGUUUGUAUUCUCAGUGGAUCUGAUUUAUAACAAGAGUAAAUUUAGUGUUGAUAUAAAUUUUACUAAUAAGCUAGAAGGGGAAAUGUGCGCUUUUAGACAUUUUUAAAUACAUGAAGUGAUAAAUUUAGACGUUAAUGUUCUUGUUUUAUUCUCACGUAGAUACUUCAUCUUCUCUCAUGAAAUGAGACGCAACUACAGGUAGUUUGUACUAUUAAAAUGAAAAAUAUUUUUAGCGUCCUGGUUUUGUUAACAACUAAGUACAGUUCUCAUAAUUAGGUCAAAUACGAUAUUUAAUGUCUGUAAUAGCUUCUCAAAAUAAUAUGAAAUAAUAUAAGAAUGUAAUACUCAUCAGUUAUAUUAAUUUACAAUUUCUAAUAAUAAUCAUUAGUCGUAAAACGAAAUAAAUCGAAAAAUCUCAAACAUGUAUGCCAUAUCAUUUUGACUGGAAUCACUUGUAUUUUUUUCGAUAUUAAUAUAAUUCUUAAUAAGAGACAAAAUUAAAAAUUAUCUUUGCGUUCUUAUUGAAAUGAAAUUUUCACUAUACAUACAUACCAAUUUUGUAUAUACAAAUUUAUUCACAACUUAAUACCAGGAAGAGCAUUGACUAUUUCUUAGCGUAGGUAUGUACCAAGUUACUGCCAACGUACACAAAAAAGUAAAAGAUACAACAUAUUUUAUAUCAGAAAAAUUUGUAAAACUGUAUAUUUUGUUAAUAAAUUAUUAUUAUUAUAAAACCAUCAACAAGCGAAAAUUCAACCGGCAACUUUUAAAACAUAUGUUAUAUAAUAAACAAUUUUUUGAAAUGCUAAAUAAAAACCCAUACUCAAUAAUAAAAACUUUACCAUUAAUAUCAUGUCUUUAUUCAUUACUUAUUAUCAAAAAUUGUAUCCAAAUUUGAAAUUUGUUUCAAAAAUCUUUUAUACACUCUUGAUUUUAAGAUAUUUUGAACUUUAAC